UUGUGGGAAGGCAGUGGAGGACUAGCAAUCUGGGACUGGAGGGCGCGGCAGGGGCUCAGGCACUGUGACACCAACACCCCCCACGUUUGUUUGGCCAGGGCUUCUUGGAUAUUCUGAAGAAGCAGAUAAAUCUGGUCGGGCAGCAGAGCGAGAGCGUGGAGCGGAGACACCGGAUCGCAACGGAGCUAAUGGCCACAGUGGAGAUGCUGCUGAGAACGCUGGCCCCGACCCUGCGUGACAGCACGAUCAGCAUCGCAUCCACCAACGGCAGAGGCUUCACGCUGGCCGGGCUGCUGACAUACCAGGGGAUAAGCCCCAUCCUGGAAGGUGCUGGGCGGGUGGAGGCGCCUGAGUUUGACAAGAUCAGCCAGACAGGGAAGUGGGCGCAGGAGCCGGGGUGGCCCAGCUACCGUGUGCUGUCUCCGGUGGUGUUGGCCUUCAUCAGUGACCCAGGCGCUUGGCCUCUCUGUCAGCAUCUGCUUCAGCAACCUGGUGCCGGUGAGCCCCUGGGCUGGGAGAAUAAGACUGACCUGCGCCUCCUCUGCGCCUACUGGAAGCCUGACAGCAGGCGCUGGGCCACCCACGGCUGCAUCCUGCAGAAGUUGAAUGCCACCAUCACCCGCUGCCAGUGCAACCACCUGACCAGCGUUGCCGUGCUCAUGGCCUUCUACGAGCUGGAGGACUGGACCCUGGACGUCAUCACCCAGGAGGGGCUGGUGAUCUCGCUGCUGUGCCUGCUGCUGUCCAUUGUCACCUUCCUCUUCUGCCGCGCCCUCAAGGGCCCCCGCACCACCAUCCACCUGCACCUCUGCCUGGCGCUCUUCAUCGCCUACACCGUCUUCCUCACCGGCACCUCCAGCACCGGCAACAGGGUACCUGGCCCCCCUGCCAGCCUCGGGCCCCAUUCCCCACAGCGCCCCCUGCUGGGAGCUCCCCCCACAGCCAGCCUCGGGCCCCAAGUACUCUGAGUUCUCCACCUCGACCGCCACGCAGGUAAGGGGGGGGCUGGGCCAGGCUCCACAACAGCCCAGGAGCCUUCUGCCCUGCAGCCCUUCCCUGUCGCCCCCACUCCCCUCCUGCUCCAGCCCCCACAGCCAAACCCCACCCAGCAAGUGCUC